AUGUGUACCUGGAGAGUCCUGAUGGCACUGUGCUUCCUGCAGCAGAUCAGAGGUCACGUUCAUCUUCCCCCUCCUCAAAACGUCACGCUGCUGUCAAAGGAUUUUGACAUGAUCCUGACGUGGGCUCCAGGAGAAGGCUCUCCACCAGAUGUGACGUACACGGUGAGGUACGAAAGCCAAGAACGCAAGGACAAAUGGAUAAAGGUUCAACAUUGCAAAAAUAUUCACAGAACCUCCUGCAAUCUGACUUGUGUGUUCCCAAACAUCUUUGUUAAAGUCCGGGCUCGAGUAAAAGCUGUUUCUGGACGACUGCAGUCGCCGUGGGUAGAAUCACAAUUCAAGGAAUACCAUUUGGAUGUGGAGCUGGCUCCCCCAGUGCUAAACGUGAAGGAAGAGGAGAAUUCAGUCCAUGUGAAUGCCUCCUUCCCUUUGCCCAGCUGUAUGGAGAGAUUCUCCUGGAUGUAUGACUUGAACUUUUGGGAAGCUGGAUCAGCAGACAAGAAACAAUACGAAAGAAACUUUAGGAAGAACACAGUGGUUAUCGACACCACUGCACUCAGAGGCAACUACUGCUUAAGUGCCAGAUCUUCCUUCCAAAGCGUUGACUUCAAGUACAGCAAGUUCUCUCCACCAGUGUGCGUGCUGCUACACCACCCAGUGGAGUGGAAGUUCCCAUUUUCUGCCACGAUCCCCCUCGUCGUCCUCCCCGUCUUUCUGACAAGCGCCUCCAUCUUCUGCUUCCUGAAACAAGACGCUAAGCGGCAGAAGAUGCCUCGCGCCUUGGAUUUAUCUCAUUUAAAAGCUGCUGGAUCGGCCUUUCACUGUGAACCCAGCGAAAAUGAAUUUUUCAGGGACUACCUUAUCUGCACAGAGAAGCCAAAGUCCCAAAGGAAGACAAACAAAACUUUAGCAAGAAACAACCUACCAUGGAUGGCUUCUUUCCUAUCAUCAUCAUCAUCAUCAUCAGAAGAGGAGGAUGAGGAAGAAGACAGGAGUAUUUUCAUCCCAUACACUGAAGUGAUUCGGUUUCCAAAGAGAUGUCUCAACUCUCAACCACCCAGAGCAGCUCAGGGGGAAACCAGCUCGGACUCCGGAUCUGGAGGUCUCUCUGUGGACAGUGAAUCUGUCCUUGACCUAAGUACCUCAGGUUUCUCAUUCUUUCCAAUAAGAAAACAUGAGGUGGACACCUCAGGAUCCCAAGGAAGGGGGAAGGCGUCCCUCUCUCGCAGUUCCUCUUUGGGAAGAAUAUCCCUCACGGAUGUGAGAUUCCCAGCUCCCAGGGAACAUGGACAGCAGGACAGAGACAGCGACGGGUGCCUGGAAAUGACCCCUUUUCAAACACCCAUGGAUGGGAUUUGUGCCAAACACCCAGCCGAUGAGCACUGCCUGCAUAGGAAUGCUCAUCAUCUCACCAAGUAUUACCCAAAAGCAACGGUCGAUCUGCGUGUCCACACGGGUGAGACACCACAGCUCGGUGAGGAUCCCAGCACCCAGCUGCUCAUUGCCCUUCAGCCAUCACAGGUGGCAGAAGAUGAAGGCAUCGCAAGUGACUGUGACAGCGACAAUUUUACAGAGACACGUCCCGCAUCCACGGUGCUAAGUGACAGGAUUGAAACUUCAAAUAUGAAGGAAAAAUACAAUCAAAAGUUUAAAUUCAAAAGCUACAAGACCUCAUAUUACAUCAGAAGGAGCUAG